AUGCUAUUACUAGCAAAGAAAUGUCCGUUUGUAGUUAGUGCAGGUUUUCGCGGGACCAGAGCAGCAAAAAUGUCGAAAUCCAUACCGGAUUUGCAAGAUUGUCUAGUAAAUAAUAAGGAAAAUACAAAUAAUAUUGUUGCUGUAAAAAUGGAGAAAACUAUUGGUCUUGUAAGCAGCAUCACAAUUAUUAUCGGUUCAAUCAUUGGUUCGGGUAUAUUUGUUAGUCCAACUGGUAUAUUAGAAAAUAUGCAGAGUUUUGGUGCUAGCUUAAUUAUUUGGAUUGGGUGUGGAAUUUUUUCUUUAUUGGGAGCCUAUUGCUAUGCUGAGCUAGGCACAAUGAUUCAACGCUCAGGUGGAGAUUAUGCAUAUGUGCUUGAAGCGUUUGGUUCAUUUAUGGGAUUUUUACGUCUGUGGAUUGAAGUGAUGGUAGCCAGACCAGCUACAAUGGCUGUCAUUGCUAUGACAUUUGCUAAAUACAUUUUACAGCCUAUAUUUCCUGAUUGUCCGCAGUCUAAUGCAGUUGUACGAUGUUUAGCAGCUGUAUGUAUCAUGAUCCUGGGAUUUAUAAACUCUGUCUCUGUACGUUGGUCUACACGUGUACAGGAUAUUUUCACAUAUACAAAAAUAAUAGCAUUAUUAAUGAUUAUUAUAACAGGAUUUGUACAAAUUGGUUUAGGUCACGUUGAAGAAUUUCAAUCACCAUUUGAAGGAUCUAAUUGGAAUCCUGGAAGUAUUGCCAAAGCAUUCUAUUCUGGUUUAUUCUCUUAUGCUGGUUGGAAUUAUUUAAAUUGUAUGAUUGAAGAAAUGAAAAAUCCUAAACGUGAUUUACCUAUUGCUAUUGUCUUCUCAUGUCUUGUUGUGACUAUUGUCUAUACAUUAGCUAAUGUUGCUUAUAUUACUGUGGUUUCAUUGAAUGAAAUAUUAACAACACCAGCUGUUGCUGUAACAUUUGCUAAUCGAAUAUACGGUCCAGCAUGGUGGAUUAUGCCAAUAUUUGUUGCUUUCUCAACAUUUGGUGGUGUUAAUGGCAAUAUGUUGACUACAUCAAGGAUAUUCUUUGUAGCUAGCCGUGAAUCUCAUAUGCCCAGAUUCAUAUCUUUUCUGCAUAAGGAUAAAUUGACACCAAUACCAGCUGUCCUUUUUACUUGUAUCACCGGUAUAGCUUAUCUUCUUGUAACAGAUAUUUAUUCACUGAUGACCUAUUUGGGUUUUGUUCAAUGGUUAGCUAUUGGCGUAUGUGUAAUGAUUGUUAUCGUAUUCAGAUAUACACGACCUGAUGCCAAACGUCCAGUUAAAGCUCCUUUACCAUUUGCAAUUAUUUAUGUGACAAUAACAUUCUUAUUGGUUAUUUUCACAUUUAUUGGUGCACCAAUUGAAUCAUUAAUGGGGUUACUUAUUAUUUUCACUGGGAUUCCGGUUUAUCUUAUUGGUUGUGUAUGGAAGAAUAAACCGAAAGUAUUUCAACGUGUAUUAUAUGACUUCACAUUGGGUUCACAAAAACUUUUACAAUUAAUACCUGAAAGUUGAUUUCACUUAACUACUUUACUGUGCUUAUUCAAUAUCCUAAUACGCACAUACACACAUACACACAGAGAGACACAUAAUGUCAAAUGACAAUGGUUAUUUACAAUAUAUGCUCAUCAUUAUUGUUUACAAUGAAGGAAGGAUUAAUUUUCUUUCAAUUACUAAGGUACUCAAACUAUAAAUGCCUGUGUAUCUCAUAGUAAAGUUGCAUUUAUUUAUCUCUUUAUUUGUUUAUUUAUUUAUUUAUUUGAUAACGUAUUCACAUAAACAAACAAGAAGACAAAAACCAUACUGGUUAUUCAUAACAUUCAGAGAAUUGAGUCAAUUUGAUGAAGAUGAUGAUGAUGAUGAUUUAAGUUUUCUCAUUCGGAUACAAAAGAAAAAACAUUCCUGUUUAUGGAUUCGUUUUUAUCUCUUUUUCUGUUCUUCAUUAUUAUCAAGUGUCAAGUGUAUUAGUGUUGCUAAUCAUCUUUUUCUUUUCUUUUUUUGUUUUUGUUUUACUAUUCUAUCUGUCAUUAUGAUGAAUGGAAUUGAUCUGUUCACUUUGUUCGUUAAGUCUCUUAUUAUCGCAAAUUACUUCUACAUCAUAAUCUUCAUAUAUCUAUCUGUUUCUUUUUAUCUCUUUUAUUACUAUUGAUGUAAAUCAAUUAAUCAUAAUCAUUAUCAUAAAUGGUGUUAAUAUAGAUCAAUUUCAUAAUAAAUACAAUAUCAAUCAGCUACAAUGUUGAACCAGGCACAUAUGUGGAUCAUUCCAAGUUGUCAUACUUCAUUACCACAACAAUAUUCAACUCGUUCAUUCCCCCGCCCCUCCAAAAAAAAGUAAACAUUUUCUAUUCUGAUAUAUAGUCUAAUCUUCAUAUCAUUCAUUCUUUCCUAAAAUUAUAUACAAAAUAAUCUGUUUAUGAUUACUAGGUCAAGUCAUCGUGUGAAUAUGAUAUUCAUUUGAAACUGUUUGUGGGGAAAAACGAACUACAGAAUAGAAUAAUAUUAGGUUAUCUAUUAGUAACAAGUAUAAUAGUUAGUUAACAAUAAUCAAGGCGGCCUGCUUGAGCAUCUGGGCUACCUGUUCCUGCCAUCUAGAUAUUUCAACAAGUUAUCUAUUGUUGUUUGUUUUAAUAUAUCGUUAUGUUUAUUAAUCGCAUAACCUAUUCUGCUGCGUUUCUAAAAAGUGUACAACCUUUCGUUGUCAAAGUUACAGAAAACUCAAUAAGAGACAAUAUGGUUGCUGGCAAUGUACAACGAAAAGAAUGUACAUUAUUCAGUUGUUCAUUCACUGAAGUGCUAACAUCUAACUGGCGAUUCUUCAAUACUUAUCGCCAGGACCGACCAAGAAGAAAGAAACGGAAACUUGUUGAAAUACUUUGCGCUGAGAAUGCGUUUAGUGAUAUAAAAUACAGUUUCCCUUAUGAUUAACUAAUUUUCCAGGUUUACAAUGGGUUUCUUUUUAUUAUCAAAAUGAGUUCAAAUGUAUACAGUAUAAAAAUUCAUUAAUACAUAUAUAACUCCAUGUCAUUUACAUGUUAUACCUUUAAAGAAACAUAAAUAAAGCGUCAUUAAAUA